AUGAUAUCAUAUGAAUUUCGGACCUGUAUACCGAAAGAAUCGGAUAUCUGUUCAAAUGCUUCCUCAACCGAGGGCAAUGAAUUAUACUUACAAGCCACACAUUUCAGCAAUACGAUUCUUUUACAAAUCAGACUCAAUGGAGAAAUGGAUUCUACCUAUGAAGUAUCCUUGAAAGGGCUAAAUCCUCUUCUCGAUGUAGAUGCUGUGCCAUUAGCAGGCAACUUAGAAAACACAGGUGACGAUUUAGACGACGAGGAAGAAGAAUUUGCAAGAGACCAUCUGUCUGAUUAUCAAGUCGUCACCAAAUUGGGAGAUAGUACAGAUCCAAAAGCACCCGUAGUGUGCAUACAGGUUGCUGAAUUGUACAGGAGGGUUUUACUUCCUGAAAUGAACAGCGUGAUGAUUCAAGGUAACGUGCAACUAAGCCUCCUGAUAACUAUGAGCAGUAAGAUAUGGAAGCCAUCGCGGGAAAAGAAUGGUGAUGAUUUUGGUAAGUUAGUGUUUUUAUUAAAGUGUAUCAAAGAUAUGUAUGCAAAAUGA